CCCGCUCUUGCGGGCAUGCUGCGGCCCGGCUGCUGGCUGACACGGCUCCGGCCGCGCUGUGGCGUCCGGGCCAGUGCGCGGCUGCAGCGCGGGGGCGAGAUGCCCAAGAAGGCGGGAGCGACGGGCAAGGGUAAAAGCCAGGGCAAGGACCAGGAGAAGCCGCUUCCUCCCUCGGGCCCCGUGGCCGUGGAUCCCCAGGGUCGUGUCACCAUCGCCAUCCACGCCAAGCCCGGCGCCAAGCAGAACGCCGUGACAGACCUGGCAGCCGAGGCCGUGCACAUGGCUAUUGCGGCGCCCCCGACAGAGGGCGAGGCCAACGCGGAGCUCUGUCGGUAUCUGUCCAGAGUGCUGGAGCUCAGGAGGAGUGACGUGGUGUUGGACAAGGGCGGUAAAUCUCGUGAGAAGGUGGUGAAGCUCUUGGCCUCUACAACUCCAGAUGAGAUCCUGGGGAAAUUAAAACAGGAAGCUGAAAAGCAAUGAGAGCAAGCAGUGAAAUUGCAUCCUGAGAAGCAGACUGUUAAAUGGGCAAAAAGUGCACAGAAGAACAUGGAGGAAACAGGUUUGUGAGUGAGACUCAGAAGAGCACAGAAGCUUUCAGAUCACUGCACGAGGAGGGCAGGUCCUGGAAUCCCUGACCGGCCUGGACUUAGAGCCCGUGGCCUCCACCACAGAGCAACAGAAAAACGCUCAGGAGUUGCUGCUGGACCCCUUCCACGUGCACGGAGAUCCACUUGCCAGGAUGACCCCUUCCACGUGCACAGGGCUGCGCCUGCAUAGGAGUGAGCGAGCACCUCAAGGUCACAGCCUGCCGGGUGGCACCCAUGCACAGCUCCUGCCUGGGCUGGUUGGAAGCAAUCACCGCGGGUGGACGCUGGCAGUGCUGUCUGCAUCUGGCCUCGGGGGCCGCUCCCUGCCCGGGUCAUCCGCCCCACCACGCUCAACUCCCACCUUGUGCCUCAGAAUGUUUGCCUACAGGCCCAAAAUCUGUUUUUAGGUGUUUUCACAGUGAUUUUGAACAUCUUGUAAAAAAGUAAGAAUAGCCAAGACUCAUUUCACGUUAAUGAUUUCCAAGAGGCCGCCGAAGCUCCUUCCUCCGCAGUAAGCCUGGGUUUCCUGGGAACCUCCAAAGAUCCAGAAAAGAAACAGGAGGACUUGGGAGCUGUUUCUGGCAUUUGGAAAAGCUUCCGCCGCUGUCAUGCCUACAGUGGCACCGUCGGCGCACGCUGCAGUAACUGCUAGGUAAGGGGGGCCGGCUGCCCUUGCUUUUCCCCAGAGCUGCUGGUGGUCCUCGCCUUGUCUAGCAAGUGCCUCAGAACAAUGUCCUCGUGAGAGGGGCCAGUAAUAAACACUGCCGCUGCUCAGAGGCUCGCAAGCCACUCACCUAGCACGACUCUCUCUCCUGCUGCUGGGAACAAGGGUGACCAGAGUUAGGUGGUGUGUUCAAGGCCACGGCGCACAUUCACGGCACAGCUUGGCUUAGGCCAUGCUCAGCUGCCCCGUCUUCAACUGUGCCAUACUGUCCCAGAUGUGCUGUUUUACAUCGGCUAAACCUAAGAAUGUACCCACUUUUUUUCCCCCAUAAAUUUUAUUUUUAUUUA